CCCGCUCUGGAAUACAACCAGGCCACCACAGUCACGGCCCUUUGACGCAUACACCUCCAGCUGCUACAAAAUCUCCCCCCAAUCAUCUAUCAUACCGGACACAAUGACAGAUCAACUGGCCGGUCAGAUGGCGGCUACGAAUAUAAGCGAAAAUGCGGCUUCAGCGGACUGGAGAAGUCAAUUGAAACAACCAGUGAAGGAUCUCCGCCCUCAAACUGAGGACGUAACCAAAACCAAAGGGCUCGAGUUUGAGGACUUUCAUAUCAAGCGAGAACUCAUGAUGGGCAUCUUCGAAGCCGGUUUCGAGAAGCCGUCGCCCAUCCAAGAAGACGCCAUACCUGUUGCAUUGACCGGCCGAGAUAUUCUAGCACGAGCGAAGAACGGGACAGGCAAGACGGCUGCUUUUGUGAUUCCUACGCUAGAACGGGUGAACCCCAAGAUCAGCAAGACCCAGGCUCUUAUCCUGGUCCCCACUCGGGAGCUGGCCCUCCAAACCUCGCAGGUUUGCAAAACCCUCGGCAAACAUCUUAAGCUCAAUAUCAUGGCAUCUACGGGAGGUACUGGAUUGAAGGACGACAUCAUUAGGCUGCAGGAUACGGUUCACAUCAUUGUCGGCACUCCCGGGCGAAUCUUGGAUCUGGCGAAACAGGGCGUGGCGGAUCUCUCCGCUUGCCAGACGUUCGUCAUGGACGAGGCAGAUAAGCUUCUGUCGCCCGAGUUCACUCCUGUCAUCGAGGAAUUGCUCUCAUUCCACCCUCGCGAUCGCCAGGUCAUGCUCUUCAGCGCCACCUUCCCCAUCGUCGUCAAGACCUUCAAGGACAAGCACAUGAACUCGCCGUAUGAGAUCAACCUGAUGGACGAGCUCACGCUCCGAGGUAUCACGCAAUACUAUGCCUUUGUUGAAGAGAAGCAGAAGGUGCACUGCUUGAACACACUUUUCAAUAAGCUGCAGAUCAAUCAGUCGAUCAUUUUCUGCAACUCCACCAACCGCGUGGAGCUGCUUGCUAAGAAGAUCACUGAACUUGGCUACUCCUGUUUCUACUCCCAUGCGCGCAUGCCCCAACAUAGCCGCAACCGUGUUUUCCAUGAUUUCCGCAGCGGUCUCUGCCGCAACCUUGUUUGUUCGGAUCUGCUUACUCGUGGUAUCGAUAUCCAGGCGGUCAACGUGGUCAUCAACUUCGAUUUCCCGAAGAAUGCUGAGACGUAUCUUCACCGCAUUGGGCGUUCCGGUCGUUUUGGCCAUUUAGGUCUGGCUAUUAACCUGAUCAAUUGGGAUGAUCGUUUCAACCUUUAUCGCAUUGAGCAGGAGUUGGGUACGGAGAUUCAGCCUAUUCCACCGGUCAUUGAGAAGAGCUUGUAUGUUUAUGAUUCCCCCUCGACGAUCCCGCGUCCGAUUUCCAACCCUCCUCCUCGUGGCCCCACUCAGCCCUCCAACCAGGAGAGGCAGGAUGGACAACCCAAUGCUAGCAGGCCAGCUGGAGCUCCGCAGGGCAACCGCCAAAACUUCAACCGUAAUCCUCGUGGUGGCCAGUACGGAGGACAGCGAAGAAGUGGCCCCCAAGGUGCCCAAAGGCAAACGGUGCAGGGCCAGCCGCAGCCGUGGGCUCCAGCUCAGGCUUAGCAAGCCGCGAGGGGUCAAGAAAGGUAGGGUAUC